AAACCAGGCAAGUGGUGUGCUAUGCAUGUUCAUAUUGCUUGGCAGAUCUACCACCAUCAACAGAAAGUCAAGAAACAGAUGCAGACAGAUCCCCAUAAAUUGGACUUUGGUUUGAAACCUGAAUUUCUGAGCAGACCUCCGGGUCCCAGUCUUUUUGGGGCCAUUCAUCAUCCUCAUGACUUAGCCCGGCCAUCAACUCUUUUCUCUGCAACCAGUGCCCACCAUCCAGCCGGUCCUACUUUUGGCCCACCCUCGCACCACAGCAACUUUCUCAACCCAGCAGCCCAUUUAGAGACUUUUAAUCGGCCCGCGACGUUCGCCAGCCUUGCAGCCAUGAGCAGCAAUGCCUUCGGGGGACUUGGCAACCAUGCCGUUAGUGAGGAAACUAUUGAGAAAAGACACUCAAGCCACCCUUCAUCAGCGCCUAUCCAUUCUGUGAGUUCCCUUGGACACAACCGCAGCUCAGUUGAACAGAUCAGAAGCCACCUGAACUCAGAGGCUCGUGAAAAAGAGAAGCCCAAAGAGCGAGAGAGGGAUCAUCCAGAAUCACGGAAGGAUGUCUGUGUUGAUGAGCACAAGGCAAAAGACAAUUAUAUUUCAGACAAGGAAAGUCUGACCCAUGAUAACAGAUCGUUGGAAGAAUCUAAACAAGCAUCUCGGGUGCCUUCACCGUACACCAGGACACCUGUUGCAGAAAGCACCAGACCUAACAGCAACUCGAGUCGGGAUACUGAGAAGAAAAAUGAGCCUGCUUAUGAGAAUCUGAAAAAAUCGAGUGAGGUCAAAGUGAAAGAGGAGCGGAAGGAAGAUCAUGACGUUUCUCCUGAAACACCACAAACCCAUCGGCCAGCUGAGCGGCCACCAUCCAUGCCCGCGGCCAGUGUCCAUCCAGGCCCUUUAGUGUCCAUGCCCAUGACUGUGGGUGUCACUGGCAUCCACCCCAUGAACACCAUCAGUGGUCUAGAUAGGACUCGCAUGAUGACCCCUUUUAUGGGCAUCAGCCCAAUUCCAGGGGCCGAACGCUUCCCAUAUCCUUCAUUCCACUGGGACCCCAUGAGAGACCACUUGAGGGACCCUUACAGAGACUUAGACAUCCAUCGUAGAGACCCUUUGGGCAGGGAGUUUCUCCUAAGGAAUGAUCCGCUGCACCGCCUCUCCGCACCAAGGCUGUAUGACGCAGAGCGAUCUUUCAGGGACAGAGAGCCACAUGACUAUAAUAAUCAUCACCACCACCCCCUUUCGGUUGACCACCGCCGUGAGCACGAAAGGGGAGCCCACUUGGAUGAGAGAGAAAGGUUGCACAUGCUCAGAGAGGACUAUGAGCACGUUCGGCUUCACUCUGUGCAUCCCGUGGCCCUGGACGGUCACUUGGCUCACCCAAGUCUAAUUACUCCGGGACUUCCUAGUAUGCAUUACCCUCGCGUCAGUCCCCCUUCAGGACUUCAGAAUGGGCUUCUCAAUAAAACGCCUCCCACAGCGGCCCUGAGCGCGCCUCCCCCUCUCAUUUCCACCCUAGGACCUCGGCCUGGUUCCCCCCGAAGGACUACACCUUUGUCGUCAGAAAUGAGGGACAGGCCACCCUCUCACACUCUCAAAGAUAUCGAAGCGCGAUAAAUAACAGCCCGAACACGUCCAAGAGAGAACAUUAGACAAACAGAUCUUCUUGCUUGAUAAACGUAGACUUUGGUUAUGACCCAACUGUAUAAAAUGUACAGACCCAGGUGUACUAAGGUU